AUGCCGCGAGUGACAAAAAAGCAAAAAGAAGCAGGUAAAACUGCCAAACCAAAAUUCAAUCCCAAACCUAGAUCAGGAGGUAAUGUUGGAGGCGGUAAGAAAGGUGGAUUUCAAGUCAAGCCUUCUAGAGCACCCAAAGAUGCCUAUAUGGGUAAAGCUCAAAAGAUAAAAGCAGACUUGAUCCAACGUGCCAAGAUGAAGAAGUCGUAUGCCAAAGUUCUCAAAGAAGAAGGUAUGGAUUCAGGUAGAUUAGGCGACGGAACAAGGCGGAGGAAUGAACGACCUCUUCCUGAAGUUGUUGGUGAUGAUACAAGAAAAGGGACUGGCAAGGGGAAGGGAAAUAGGAAAGAUCCCGAGGAUGAACAAAGAAGAUUGGAAUCUAGAGCAGGACCUGCCCCUUCGUCAAAUACAUCAGGAGGUCAUGAUUAUGAUUCAAGUAAAGCUGGUCCAUCAAAACUAUAUAGACCAAAAUCGAAUACCUCUUUACGGGAAAAAGGUAAAAGUAGAAACUCGAGUGAAUAUACAAAGGAUAGACCACCGCAUGAAAAGCGCCCGGCCCCAAUAAAGAAAGUCCGAGCUUUAUCACCUGAACCUAUACUUGCAUCAACCCCCAAUGAUAAUGGAGAACCGAAGAAGUCAUUCAGAGAUUUAAAAAAAGAAGCUUUCUCAAAGUACCAUAAACCGAAACCGGAUCCAGCUUACGCAGGAGGAAUGAAAGGGAAAAGAGGACAACCGAAUAUGGGUGCUAGGAUGGGUUUGUUAUUAGAAAAGAUAAAGGGAAAUGUUAGGUGA